UACGACUUGUAGGCGACGAGCGAACGCGACAGCCAUGUCCAUCGCAUCGCUUGUAGCUGUCGCACGCAAGAUCGUUUAUAUGGAGUUUAUGCUUUAUUCAGCAUAAAACAUGGAUUCCUCAUCCGUUUUCGAAAGCACGGCAGCUACUACCUGCACCUCUCAAGGGUACACUUGCGUACUGAGGACUUCGUGCCCUGAAAACGCAAGGCAUCUGGAACUCAGCGGCUGUACAGGAAAUCAAAUCUGCUGUGACAUGAGGUUUUGGGAUCACGUGGCCAAAGUCUUCAAGGUUAAACUGAACUGGAGCAAAGCGCAAUGAGAACUGCCAGUGAGCAGAACAGAGCAUUUAUCGACAAGACAGCGGCGGGUCUCUUGGACAGACUACUAGCAUCAUGAAUCGCACCAUGAAACCGUUCAGCGGAAUGCACAUCCGGGUCACGGCGCUGAAUUGGCUGCCCUGGAUAGCGCUGAACUGCAGCAGCGAUACCAGAACAAAGGAGAUGUACGGUCCGAUGGCGAACAUGAUUGAGGUCCUCUCUCAGGAAGCUGGUUUCACCUAUAACAUGGUUUGUCCAGACGAAGGAGGCACAGGCAUAGCCCUUCCUAAUGGAACUUGGAUAGGUCUAGUCGGCGACCUGUAUAGAAAUAGGGCUGACAUCGUUAUCACUCCGAUCUCGGUGACAUACGAUCGUACCCAAGUUGUCAAUUUCUCUCCACAAAUAAUGGCGGAGUACAUGGCCAUCUUGGCGGGAUUCCCAGACCUAAUGGAAAUCAGCGCCUUCGGAACACUCAUGGCGUUUCACUGGCAGCCCGGUGUCAUUAUCAAUGGUAUGGAACUUGAUCCGGCCAGUGCAAACGACAGCGCUGCGGCGACACGAAGAGAUGCGUACGGCAUCGCAAGGUGCACUGAUGACGCAAACAAAGUAAUGCCGGUGGCGGCGCGAGGUGCGCUGAUAGCGUUCCGAGUACCAUAA